AUGGGAAACCUCUGUGGUAAGGAGUCCGAUCCCUUCUCCAAACCCGGGCGCCGCCUGGGCGACGCUCCCGCGAGACCCUCCUCGGUCUCGGUUCCCGCCGCGGCUACCUCAUCAUCACCGUCUUCCUCCCGAAAGCCGACGGGGCCCGGCAGGACCCUGGGUACCGCCGGCGGCUCGUCCAGUCAGGGGGGCGCCGACGAUGCACGGCAACGAGCCGCGGCCGCUGCUGAGGCUCGCGCGCGACAGAAUAAGCAGGGAGGCAAGCUCAAGUCACAGUUGAAUGAACAGCGUGCAAAAACCGACACUCAGGUGCUCAAGGAGGAGAGCGAACGCGAAAGGCAGUAUCGCAACCUGGAUAGGAGCCGUGAGGUCAUGCGAAACGACUGA